AUGGAGACGACCGUCGAAUCCCAGGGCCCGCGUCGGCGUCUACAUGGCUCCAAGGCCAAGUAUUGGGCCAACAAACUCGCCGUGGACGAAACCGAACCCGGCCUGACGAGCAGCCAGCUGAUGCUCAUCAAUAAAGACUUGAAACCCGUCGAAAAAGCGAGGCGCCUCUGGGGUCCGUGGAAUUUCGUCGGCCUUUGGGUCGCCGACUGUUUCAAUGUCAAUACCUGGAUGAUCGGUGGCUCCAUGGUAGCUGGUGGUCUGUCGUGGUGGCAGGCAUGGCUCUGUGUCUGGAUCGGAUACUUCGUUGCUGGUAUCUUUGUCGUCCUGGCCGGCCGCGUCGGCGCCGUCUACCACAUCAGCUUUCCUGUCAUGGCUCGAUCGUCCUUCGGUAUCUGGGGCGCUCUGUGGCCCGUCUUUAACCGUACCGUCAUGGCCUGUGUAUGGUACGGUGUCCAGGCUUAUAUCGGAGGUCACUGCGUCUACAUCAUGAUUCGGGCUAUAUGGACCAACUGGGGUGACAUACCGAAUACCUUCCCGAGCGACUCGGGCACGUCAACACCCUACUUCGUGUCAUUCUUCAUCUUCUGGUUCCUGUCAUUGCCAGCCAUCUGGUUCCCCGUACAUACGAUCCGCCACCUCUUCACCGUCAAGUCGUACGUGGUUCCCGCCGCCGGUAUCGCCUUCCUCAUCUGGACCGUCGUGCGGGCGGGCGGCGUCGGGCCCAUCAUCCGCCAGCCGGCGCGCGUGUCGGGCAGCGAAUGGUCCUGGCAGUUCAUGCAAGGCAUCAUGUCGUCCAUCGCCAACUUCGCCACCCUCAUCGUCAACGACAGCGACUUCAGCCGGUUCGCCGCCAAGCCCAACGACGCGCUGUGGUCGCAGCUCUUCACCAUCCCCAUCGGCUUCGCCGUCACCUCCUUCAUCGGCAUCAUCGUCUCGUCGGCGUCCGCCAUCCUGUACGACGGCGACCCGAUCUGGGACCCCAUCGAGGUCCUGGACAAGUUCAUCGACGGCGGCAACUCGGGCGAGCGCUUCGGCGUCUUCGUCCUCGGCCUGUCCUUCGCCCUGGCCCAGCUGGGCACCAACAUCGCCGCCAACUCGGUGUCGGCCGGCACCGACAUGACCGCCAUCCUCCCGCGCUACAUCAACAUCCGCCGCGGCGGCUACAUCUGCGCCGCCGUCGGCCUCGCCAUGAACCCGUGGGUGCUCCUGACCGACUCGAGCCAGUUCACCACCUACCUGUCGGCCUACAGCGUCUUCCUCAGCUCCAUCGCCGGCGUCAUGAUCGCCGACUACUACUUCGUGCGAAAGGGGUACCUCGUCGUCGAGGACCUGUACCGCGCCGAGAAAGGCACCGCCUACUAUUUCCACUUCGGCCUGCACUGGCGCGCGUACGCCGCCUACAUCGCCGGCAUCCUCAUCAACGUCGUGGGCUUCGUCGACGCGGUCGGCACUCCGGUCCCCAUAGGCGCCGUGUACAUCUACCGGGUCAACUUCUUCGCCGGCUUCAUCGUCUCCUCGGCCAUGUACUGGCUCCUCUGCCACUUCUCCCCCAUUCCUGCCACCAGCGACAAGUGGGCCGAGGUCGGCGGGCAAGAUUGGGAUGAGGAAAUUGUCGCCAACCACUCCGACAGCUACAGUGGCCAGGAGCGGUUCGACGAGGAGGCUAAGGUGUCGAGCAAGCCAGCAGGCGAAGGAGGUAUUAUCGAUUCGACUCAACCAGUGAAAGGCGCGUGA